UCAAACUUAACCGAAGCCCAACGACUGUAUCCUGUAAGCCAUCGCUCCGAAGCUUAUUAAAAUAAUAUUAUUAUUAUUUAUCAAACUUCGUUGAACAGUAGAUUUGUGUAUUUGUUUACUUACAGUAAACAAUUCUCAAGUUCUAUUUAAUUAGCAAGCAUCAAUAAUUAUACUAUUUUUUAUAAUUUUAAUAAUUAAUAAAUAAUGGCAAAGCAUCAUCCUGACUUAAUUUUCUGUAGAAAACAACCCGGCGUCGCUAUUGGCCGGUUGUGUGAAAAAUGCGAUGGAAAAUGCGUUAUCUGUGAUUCUUAUGUUCGACCUUGCACGUUAGUACGAAUUUGUGAUGAAUGUAAUUAUGGAUCAUACCAAGGACGAUGUGUAAUUUGUGGAGGACCUGGUGUAUCUGAUGCUUACUAUUGUAAAGAAUGCACAAUUCAAGAAAAAGAUAGAGAUGGAUGUCCAAAGAUUGUCAAUCUAGGUAGUUCGAAGACAGAUUUGUUCUAUGAAAGAAAGAAAUAUGGAUUCAAAAGAAGAUAAGAUAGUUACAAUAUAAUUAAACCUUAGACACAUACUACAUAAAUCAAAUAUCCUGAACAUCACUUCAAUUAUAAAAAAAUGAAAUUCAUCUAGUAAGUUUUGAAAUGUUGUAAAUUAUAAAAUCUAUUUUAAUAAUCAGUCCAAAAAGAAAAAAAGGAUAUAUAAAAUAAGGAAAAUAUACUGUUGACGUGAUGAAUAAAAAUAAGUCAAUUCAUUUAACAUGAUAUAUAUUUAUUUCAACAUGGACGUAAAUUUUUUGACAAUUUAAUAUUCGAUGAAUUCACAUGAUAAUUUUCUUGUUACUUACAAUUUUAAUAGAUAAUAAAAUAAUCAUAAAAUGUAAAUUACAGAAUCGAUAAAAAUUAUUUAAACGUAUUAAUAUCAUUU